CCGGGAUAUUUACGGAGUUGCACGGCGUUUGCCCCACUGCCCCACCAAUUGUCAGCGCCCGGCGACGAUGACAGUCUGGCGGAUUCCAUCUAUCCCCACCUGCGUUUGUUGACAUGCCUUGGACUUGGACCUUUGAUGAUUAGGAGAGAGCUUGUGAUUCGAAAACUGCGCCGCAUUCACACGCCAACAGCAUUGUGUCAUCAUCAGUCGGACGGGGGUUUCAGACAACAACGAUCCGAAAAUCCACCGAUCAUUCGCCAGACUCUCUUGGGAUAUACUUAUCGAGUCAUCUCAUCACCACCCAACUCAUCUUCUGGAUUUCAUCUCCCAACCUCUCUUCCCCCGUAAACAUUCAUCCAUCACCACCCAGGCACCACCAAACAUGUCCCUCCCGAACCCAGACAACCGCCCGCUCCUAAUUGGGCCUCCCACCGGGCCUGAGGCCCCCUUCCCCUUCCGCAUGGAGGGCGAAGUCAUUUCCGGCUUUGGCCGCGGCUCCAAAGAGCUCGGCAUCCCGACCGCCAACCUGCCCGUCGACGACGAAAACGCCUGGAUCAAGAACAUCGACUCGGGCAUCUAUUUCGGCUGGGCAUCGCUCAAGUUGCCCGCUUCGCAUCCCAACUCAGUCUUGUACCAGAAACCUCCCACUUCCGAGCCGGUGAUGAUGGACCCUGUUCAGCAGCAGCAGCAGCAGCAGCAGCAGCAACGAAAUCAACAACAACAACAAGAAGGGGGAGUUGGAUCAGCCCAACAGGAAAAACUUGUGGACCAAGAAACCGGCCAGUGGCAGAUUUACCCCAUGGUCAUGUCCAUAGGCUACAACCCCUUCUACAAGAACACGGUGCGCUCGGCCGAGGUACAUGUUUUGGGGGAGUUCGCGGCUGAUUUCUACGGGGUGGGGAUGAGGCUUUUGAUUACGGGCUUCAUCCGUAACGAGAAGGAUUACAGCGGGCUGGAGGCGUUGAUUGCUGAUAUCCACUUUGAUUGUGAGGUUGCCCGGCACAGUUUGGCUAGGAAGGGGUGGAGAGUGAGGGAAUUGGGUGUGAAAGAGGGGGAAGAGGAGGGUGAAUUGGAUGGAAGUUGGUUGGUGAGGUGAAGGAGGGUGAGGUAGCAAGCGGGGGAGAGAGAGGGAGGAGAAGAGAUAAAGGGGAUUUGGCAAGAUUAGAAUUUGUGCGGCGAGUGGGAAUAACGACGGGAUGGCAAGACUACCUAGUACCGAUAGAAUCUAGAGAUGCAACGCUGCGCUGAAGCUUAAAGGAUGCAAGAACUGCAAAUAUAUAUAUAUAUAUAUAUAUAAUGCGGAGACAAUGUUGAAUUGGAAGGAGAGGAUGGGAGACUGGGAAAUGGAAAAAAGGAUGCCAUGGGUAGCGACGACCAAGGGUAUCACGUGCAUGUCAACUUGAUAUGCUGACUCCUAAGAUAGGCUUCCUUUUGUUUCUCCCCUCUCCAGUGUCGUGCACCUCCAUCGCGAAGGAGCGACCGGUAUUUGGAUGUGGUGGAAAAUGUUUUUGCGGGACUGGUCUAUGUGAAACCCCUAAGUUCUUCCCCUCUUCAUUAUCUAUGCCUUGUCUACCGCGAGCAAUAGAAUGUAUUUGCACCUUUUCCACCCUCAGCGCAAUAUUCCCC